AUGAAACGAGUAGGACCGUCACCCCUCGAGGUGUACAAGCUAUCAGAGAUCCCGCUGUCGUCGUUCGAGGCCGCCAUCAGCAGGAAUGGAGACGCCUUUCAGCGGCAAACGCCUGCCGAGUAUUACCGGUGCGCCGAAAAGUUCCACGAGGCCAUCAGUCGAGGCACAGAUCCAUGGUCCGUCUCAUUGACAGGCAAGGACGGCUUCCCCCUCGAGGUGAUCCACGAGACGGCCUGCAUCAUGCGGCUCAUCCGUGGCCCUCGCAGCGCAGACGCAUUCGCAACCGCGCUCUGGGCAUCCGCCUCGGAAGCCGGCUACCGGCCGUCCACGCUGUCCCUCGCACGGCACCUCGCCCGGUCAGGGGCCUACGGACGGGUCCCCCAGCUGCGGAGAGUCGAGGCCCGCUUCAAGCAGCUCGUCGCGACGGCCAGAGACGCCGACGCUCUUACGGUGGAGGGCGAGCUGCAGUAUGAGCAGGGCCACUACGAGGCUGCCAUCAGAGCGCUGCAGCGGGCGCUCCAGGUAGGAGGGGGGCCAGCAGCAGCAAGCUUCGAGUGGAAGCCCUACUGCGAGCUGUGCAUGGGCAAGGCGCUCGCCAAGCUGGGCAGGCAUGACGAGGCAAGGGCAACCUUGGAGGCCCUGUCCGAGGCUGGGCUCGUCGAGGCGGAUGUUGAGCUCGGCAAUUUGCUGCGCGUAAGCGACAGGGAUGCCGCGGAGAGACAUCUCUUUGCUGCGGCUUCCAAAGGCAGGGCUGACAUGUUCAGCGUGCUGUCGGAAAUUGCCCUGGACAAGGCUGCCGAGGCGGGACAGGACAAGGCGUCGAGGCAAGAGUCUCUGCGAUGGGCCAAGGAGUGGUCAAAGUUGGGCGACCCGCGCACGGAAUACUAG